CUCCCAACGAAGCGCAACGACGACACCAAGACAGAUAUGAGCUGGCGCGCGCAGAUCUCCCGCAGCAUCCAGGAGCUUCGCUUCGUAGCAUGUGACACCUCGCAGAGCAGCGCGGGAUUGCGCACCUUCUUCCGCAAAAACUACGCGGAGCUCAAGAUGCUGAACCCGUGUACGCCCUUCGUGUACCGUGAGGCAGAAGAGAUGGAGCCGUUUGUGUACGCACGGUUCGGUUGGGGCGUGGAGAAGAAGAUACCGGUGCCUGGCAAGAGCGACAAGGAGAUCCUGACUGUGCUCAAGGGCCUCGUAGACCACGGUCUUGCGCUUCCCAAGUCGCCUGAGAGCGACAUUCUCGUGGCUGCUCCCAUCAUCGAGGCUUCCAAGGGCGAGAACGCCUAUGAGCCUAUCAACCUCACGUGGGACGGCAAAACGAUCCGUCGCAACCCGGACUUUGACAUCCCGCUGGAGGAGGCACUCAAGCCUUAAGAAGUGACUACAGAGAAGGACAGGGACGUCAUCGCGUAUAGUUUUCUGAAUAAU